AUGCGUGCACUCGGUAUCGAUGUCGACGACCCACAAAGCUAUGGAUUCGUCGGUAAACGCGAGGCACAAAUGUGGCAGUUUCUGCGUUCCACCUGUCUCGAUUUGCAGGAUAUGUUCCAACAACUGACCAACUCAUAUACACAAGUUAUUGCGCUGAGGGAGGCGCAGGCGAGUAAUGCGCAAGCAAGCUCGAUUCGCUGGCUCACUGUACUGGGAACCCUCUUUGUUCCUAUAUCAAUCCUUGCAGGAAUCAUGUCAAUGGGAGGCGAGGUUUUGCCGGGAGAAAGGAAGUUCUGGGUGUUCUUCGCUGUGGUCUGCCCUGUGUUGUUGAUCAUUGGCGCCGUUCUUAUUGGGACAUUGGGGCGGCGGGCAGUGUCGAAUUGGUUAUGUGCUCACGGCUUCAUGACUUGA